ACCGGAAGUGAGGUCAGACACGUGCUGCAGCAUCCUGACUGAUGUUAACUUGACAGUUGGAAGACAUGAGACGGAACAAAAGGUUCUAUUUAAGAUGUGACCGUUACUGAUCCUGCAGCCAUGCAGUCAGUGCUGGGCUCCGAACAUCAAAAGUCUGGUCCAUCUGCACCAUGUGCCCUUUGGGCAGUGGACCUCAAGUUAACUCACUUGGACUGGAACCCUGAAGCAACCCUGAUACACUUCCAAGGACAAUACCAAACCAUAUGUGAACUUGACUAUAACAUCUUGCAAGGGGAAAUACAGAACGUACCAAAGACUAAAGCUGCAGUGGAUAUCGGAGAGUUUUGCCUCGUGGAAGAUUUGACUUCAGGCCGCUGGUACAGAGGAAGAGUCCAGAAUCAAAAAGAGGACUUGUUUGAUGUUUUCCUCAUAGAUCAUGGUAAUGUCUUGAGUGUUGACAUUGCCCACAUAUCUUCCUGUUCAAACAACCUGUUCAUCCUGCCUCCCAAGAUUGUUUGUGGCUUUCUUGCAAAUGUGCUGCUACUUCAAGGUAGUUCUCAUUCUGUGGUGGAAGUGUACCUCUCAACUUUGAUCGGAAGUAAUGUCACAGGUUACAUCCAAGCCCUCCUGCCCCACAACGUGCUCUUAUUGGAAGCCCUUGACAUCAACAACGACCUUGUUAAACAUGGGUUUGGGAGGCAUGUAGACACGGAUACUUUUAUCCUCUUGGUUGGGAUGCUCACAGAAGUGCCGCUCAAACAAAACAGAGAGCCAGAGCCAGCGCCUGACUUGCUAAUUGUAAAGCCAAGGGGACAAGAGUUUUGCCUCAGACCUUGUGGUUUGCAAAGAUACGAAGACAUUCUGUCAUUCUGUGGGCCUAGAUUGAGUUGUGGGACACGUGCCAAAGUGCGUGUAACUGCUGCUGUCAGUGCUGGGCUGUUUUACUGUCAGAUGACCAGUAUGGAAACAGAACUUCGGGAAAUGUCAAAGAAGCUGGCUGCAGUUAACGAGUACAGAGCCAAAGAACACAAUCCAAAGACUCCAGAAAAUGUGGGUUUACUGUGCUCAGUCAAAGGCAAAGAUGGGAAAUGGUACAGAGGCUUUGUACAGUAUCUCCCAGUCAACUCUCAACUUCGAGUUUUGUUCAUUGACUACGGAUUCUUUGAAUCUGUCAAAGUUGAGAAUGUCCACAGCUUGCCACCAUACCUCUAUUCGACUCCAAUCAUGGCUUUCCCAUGCUCGCUCUCCUCCUUAAGUGAUCAGGCUGAGGAGGUCAAAACUCAGCAGUUGAGUUUUCUCAAGGCAGGUUUGCUUGGAAGAGUGUUAGAUGUGGAGAUCCUAAGUUUUGAUGAAGAAAAGUACCUGUACUCUAUGACAGUAAUUGGGGCUGAUGAUAAUCAUGUGAAUGAACUGGAGCCCAUUCAAGAGCUUGCUAGAAUGAAGGUUAAGUCAGUUUUUGAGACAGAAGAAUUGUCACCUCAGUGUGACUGUUUAUACUAUGAGACAAUCAUGGGCAAAGCACUGGAUCAAACACUGGAAGCAGGAGAGGUGGCUGUAGAUUCCAUCUUUGUGGGCUAUGUAGAGCAUGUCCAGAAUCCAAACAACUUCUGGAUCAGAACACAAAAACGCAAUGAUGAGUUUGAAGAAAUGAUGACAGAAAUGGCAAAUAACUUCAGUCAAGUGAAGCUGGAUGAAGAGGUGCUUUUGAAUCCUGAGCCUGGGACACUGUGUUGUGCAGUUUAUGAGAAAGACAUGCAUUUCUACAGGGGUGUAGUGACAGACACUCUUGAACACGGUGCUGAAGUUCUCUUUAUCGAUUUUGGGAACAUAGAGAAAGUGCCACACAUGCUGAUCAAGAAGAUACCUGAGAAAUUUUCCAGCAAAUCAGCGUUUGCCUUCUGUUGCACUCUUGUUAAUGUUCUUCCUGAGGAUGAAGUCUGGACCAGUGCCACCUCUGACUUUUUCAGACAAGUUGUGUCAGACAAAGCCCUGCUAGUCCAUGUUGUCCAGAUGAGAAAAAACAAAUUUGUUGUUGAUCUCCAUGAGAUGGGAAGUGACAACAAUCAAAGUAUCACUGAGCUCCUGAUCUCCUGCAAACAAGCUGCAUACUGGAACAACAUUCCCACAGAGCCUAUGGUACAAAACAACACAGAUGUGACAGAUGAAACAAAGUACCCAAGAUAUGGUAUGACAUCAGACAUCAAUGGGAAUACAGAACAACUGGAAGAUUGGGAGAAGAGUGAGAAGACAUACAAAAAUCUAACUGAGAAGUCAGAAGCUCCUGAUAGCUUCAAAGCAUUAGCCAUCAAGCCGGGGUGUGAUUUUGCUGUUUGCUGCUCUUACAUCGAGUCUCCAUCCAAUUUUUGGUGCCAGCCUCUAGUUAAGGUUCCAGCUUUGGACAAACUGAUGGAUGAAAUUCAGCGAUAUUACUCAACCCAUACAGUCCCCCUCCAAUUAGAGGAUACAUGUUGUGUUGCCAGGUCACCUCUAGAUGGAAAGUGGUACAGGGCCUUCAUCACAGAAAAACAGAAUGGUCAUGCCAAAGUGAUGCUGGUUGACUAUGGCUUUAACCUCAGUAUCAGGGAGCACAAUCUCAUGACAAUAAUGACAGAAUAUCUUCAUUUGGAAGUACAAGCUUUCAGGUGCAGCCUUUACAACCUGAUCGAACCUUCUGACACCAAGAACCGUGGGGAUUGGAGUCCGGAGCUAUGUAAGUUACUGAAAGAUUUUGCCCUCAACUGCACCAGUGGUCUAAGAUGUACAGUUGUCUCUCAGUUGAGUGUAAAAAACAAAGGGCUGUGCAAUGUUGUGGAACUCUACAACACCCAAACCCAACAGAGUAUAACAAAAUUGCUCUUGGAACAGGACCCGUCAAGCAAAGUGACAAACUCAACAAAGCAGCUGUCCACAGUGUAUCCGGAGUCUUUUGUGUACUCUUCGUUUGACCUAAGUCCUGGAAAUGAAGAACAGGUCUACAUCACUCAUGUUAGCAGUCAGUGGGAGGUCUACUGCCACCUUGACAGAAACACUGAAACCAUUGAAGAGCUCGGAAAUAAAAUCUCAAAGGAGAGUAAGAAAAUGAUGCAAGCCAGUACAAGAGCAGUUGUGAGGAAGCUGUGCCUGGCAAAAUACUUCGAUGGCAAAUGGUACAGGGGCUUGGCACAUCCUGUUCAGUCCUCUCUGCAUCUCAGUGUGUUUUUUGUGGAUUAUGGAAACACAAUCAUAUCUGAGAAAACCCAUGUCAUGUUUAUCCCCAGAGACUCUGCUGAUUUGUUGUACACACCCAUGCAGGCUGUGAGAUGUAACCUUGCUUCAGUGUCCAAGGAAGUGCUCUAUGCAGAUGUCAAGGAAUGGCUUGACGGUGCAACCCUUAACAAGCAAGUGAGAGCCGUCAUAGUUGGAAAGAACGAAGAUGGUUCAUUUAAUGUUGAACUCUUUGAUGGAGAUGUUAACAUCAAUGAGAAAGUAAAGGAGCUCAUUGUCGGUCUCUUACCGAAACCAAAGACUGUUGUGAGUUUUGAAAUGAGCAGCACAAAGACGAAAAACAAAACUCACACAGCCAACGCAAAGACUUGCGUCAAGUCCAGGAGUCAUUGUAAAGGACAGUCUCCAAAUUCUCCCAAAUGGAAAGCCCAGAGACGCACUCAAGUUGGGAGUGCACCCAACAAAGAGAAAGAAAACACAAAAAACUGUGUUCAGAAAGCUCUGAACAAAAAGACCCAGGUAAAGCAACAAAAUGAGGACAGUACAAAGCGCAGUGGCCCUAUAAAACCUCAGAAAACCUCUGAAAGAAAACCUCAGAAAACCUCUGAAAUAAAACAAGAAAGACGGUACCUUGAAACAAACACGAAGUCAGAAAAACCAGUGGAUACAGUGAUCCCUCAGUUGUCAGACAUGAAAGUGAGCGCAGGUUUCAGGGCAAAGUGUUUCGUCUCCCACAUUGACUCGGUUAACAGUUUUUUCCUUCAGCUCUCAGAGGAUGAACCUGCCAUCUUGAAAAUGGGUGAGGAUCUCAACUCAAGUAUCUCAAGAGAUUCCUUGACAACAAACACAUCUUUGAGAAUCAGUGACCUUGUAGUGGCUGAGUAUGAGGAAGACGGCGCUCUGUAUCGCUCUGUUGUUAAGGACUUUGAAGGAAGUUCCGGUUUCAAAGUUGAGUUUGUGGACUAUGGAAACUCAGCAGUCAUUGGGAAGGAAAAGAUCUACUCCAUCCCAAAGGAGUAUCUUUCUCAGCCAAGAUUCAGCAUAUCAUGCUCCCUGUUGGACACAAGCAAGUACAAAAAUGAUGCUUCUUUCACUGACGCUGUAAUGGAGAAGCCACUCAUGGUUGAUUUUGUCUGCCAACGUGGAUCUCAUUGGGAAGUCAAGCUUGAGAUUCUUGAUGGAGCAGUUGGUCCUCCAGCAGUACUUGAAGCAGCUAGUGAAAGUAGCAGUGAAACCAGAAAUGAAGAGGAGGCUUCUGUGAGUUCAUCUGAAACAGAAGAGAGAGAGAGCGACAGUGAAGAGGGCUACCCGAGAAAAGAAGUGAGCGAAAAUGAAACCGCUAAAUACGAAACAAUGACGCCCACUGUUGAUGAUGAAAAGUUAAUACAGAAAACAUCACCUGCCACACUGUCACCUAAAUUAGAAGCACACAAGGCACCCACCACAAACAUGGAUGAUUCUGAGAAUGAAAGAGAAACCUCAGAAUCAAAGAGUGAUUGUUCAGAUGAAGUCAUACCUCAAAUUAUUCAAGCUAAAGACACAGAGUAUGGUACACUUCUUUCAGUCCUAAGUAAUGGCAGUUUUUACACCAGACUGAAGAAAACCAGUGAACUGCUUGCGUCACUGGAAAGUCACAUAACUGACAGCCUGUACAAGUGUGAGAUGGUGCCUGAAGAAGAUCUCAAGCAAGACCUCAAGUGCUUAGUUCAAGUACAGAAGGACAAGAAGUGGCACAGGGCUGUUCUUCAACAUGUAGGCCCGGGGAAAUGCCAGGUCCUCCUCGUGGAUCAUGGGAGAAAAGAAGAAAUUCCAAGUGAUUUAAUCCGAAAGCAGUGUAACGAGCUAACAAAAACCCCACACCUUGCAGUUUUGUGCAAGGUGAACAGCCUUGGGUUGAGCAAGGGAGAGGUUGCUCACAAAUUGUGGUAUGAAACUCUCGAACCAAUGAUAGGUGAAGAACUUAAGCUGGUGUUUGAGUGUUAUUCAGAAGCUGAUAACCUUUGGAUGGUUGAAAUAGUCAUCAGUGGACUGUUCCUCAUUCGCCAAAUUACAGCCUCACUGCAGCAGACUGAAGAGACAAUCACGUCAAUUGCUGAAACCCAAACCAAGAAAGCAGAAGGUCAAUGCGACUUGGACCUAAGCCCUCCUCAGCAACUUGUCUUUGCUCCUGUUGGUAUAGAUAAAGCAUAUUCUGGCUUUGCUGCUUCAGCGUCAACUCCAUUUGAGUUUAGCGUUGUUCUGGAGGACUUGCUUCUCAUCAUGAACAAAGUUUCCAUAAUGUUGGAAGACCUCCCUGGACAGAUGCCUUCACUUCCUGAAGCCCACCUCAUCCCUGGCACCUGCUGCCUAUUAAAAUCAGGCACCAAGAACAAGUGGUGCAGGGCUGAAAUCAUACACGUCAACAACACAGUGGUUCUAAACCUGGUGGAUUAUGGUCACCACGAAUGCAUCCCAUACAAAGACUGCUCCAAGUUGAAAAGGAUUUCUGAGGAAAUGACGAACAUCCCAAAGGUGACAUAUCCCUGCGUCCUGAGAGGGGUGAAGCCAGUAAGAGCAGAUGGACAGUGGACUGAUGAAGCAGCAGGCUUCUUUCAGCAGUGUUUGUAUCUGAAGGACCUCCAGAUCUUCUUCAGAGAGUUUGUGUCAAACACACACUGGAUGGUGGACAUCCUGACAGAGGGCAGACAUGUUGCCAAGAAACUGGUGGAUGCCGGACACGCCAGUUAUAUGGACAUCAUGCUAGGACUGAGGUUUCAGGAGCAGAGCCCCUGUAAAGCUCUUCCUCGUAGCCCUGACAGUGAGAAGAAGUGUGCGCAGGAAGAUGAAGGCUCUGAUGGGAAGUCAGAUCUCUCCUUUGAGUCUGCUGAUGAAGCAGAGGAGAAGAUGCCACUCAGCGCUGUGUCUGGAACAAGGCAGUGUUUUCUGAUGUGAAAGCAGUCUGGUUUUAUCUUGUUGCAAAAAUGAGCAGAGAUGCAGAGCCGUCCUUCCAUCAAUCGUCACAUUAAUCUGAGUGAGAUGCUGCUUGUUGGAUGUUUUUGAUAAAUGUUGAGCAUCUCCACUUUGAGUAAGAGGGCUGCUACACAAUCACAUAUACAAGAGAGUGUUUUAUUACAUUUUAGGUUACCAGUAUUACCUUUAAUUUAUCUGUUAUGUAAACUGACUUGAAACUGAUUUUGUAUUGUUGAUUCAGUAAGAGUACCUUUUGAAUAUUUACUAAGUUGUUGCACCAUGUUGUGUUUACUUAAAAGCACAGGAAAUCUUAGUAUGUGUACAGUUUGAUGAAGUUUACAGUUGUCUUUUAUUAAGAUUUGUAUGUGUUGUUCUCCUCACACAGGGUUGUUUAUGUUAAUAAUGUUGUGAAUCUAUUUUGAAAAUGCUCGAAUGGUGCUUUAUGUUAAAAAAAAAAAAAAAAAAAUU